AUGUUCCCAUCAGUGAAGCGUGUAAGCAAAACACCGCGUUCUUUGGGGACUGUUCGAAUUCAAUGUUGUGCCCUUCGGCAUCAAAACCUCGCCGGGGGAGUAUCAGAGAGCAAUGAAUCAAGCUUUGAUGCGCUUCUAGGCCAGGGCGUCGAAUGCUAUAUUGACGAUAUAGUCAUUUACAGCGGACAGGAAUGCCUUGAACUCCUAAAUAAGGUGAUGCGAAUCUGUAUCGGCAAUGGCUUCUUCUUGAAGCUGGCCAAACGGAAGUGCGGCAUCAAGCCCCAGCCUGGAAAGGUGGAGGCGUUGAGCAGUCGCUUCGCCAAAAGACUACAAGCAGUUGAGGUCGCUUUUAUGUUUACUCUCGUUCCACCGAAGGUUCGUGCCAGGGUACUCCGACAAGAUGCAGCCCUUACAUGA